UAUAGUCUGUGGUUAUUUAUUAUUUUUAUUUUGAAAAAUUUAACAUUAUUUUGAUUUUUCUUUUCGUACAUUAAACAUUUGUAUUUUUACUAAGUAUUUCACUUGUGGGAUCAUUCCAAAAUUCAAGAAUAUAUGUCAUAAAGACCAAGACGAGAAAAUUUGAUUCCUAUUCCUAUAGCACAAGUUGAAUAGGUUAGCACUAGCACUAGCAGAUCCAAUAUGGAGGAAUCUGAAUUAGAUUCAUCGGAGUUAGGCACUUAUAAGUACUGGAAGGAAGCUUAUACCAAGGAAAUAAGUAACUUCGAAGACCACGGUGACCCAGGGGACGUCUGGUUCGGAGAAGAGAGCGCUUUUAGAGUCAUUGACUGGAUAUGCAAGUGUGGUAUUGAUAAGGAUACUCCAAUAAUUGAUUUAGGUUGUGGCAACGGCCAUACACUAUCAGAACUGGCGAAGGAGGGUUUCACAAAUUUACUCGGAGUAGAUUACUGCAUGGAAGCUAUCACUUUGGCUGAAAAAGUCGCUAAGAGUGAAUACCCUAUACUGAAAUUUCAGGUGUUCGAUAUAAUAACAGACGAUGUCAAAAAUCUAGGCAGUUUUGGUCUAGCCCACGACAAGGGCACCUAUGACGCUGUGAGCCUGAAUCCAGAGAAUGCAAAGGAAAAUAGACGGAAAUAUAUGGAACAAAUUGUUGAUAUGUUAACAGAUACUGGUCUAUUCGUAAUAACUUCAUGCAACUGGACAGACGCUGAGCUGAUGAGGCAUUUUUCCGAAAAAAUGAAGCUUAAAUGCGUGAUACCAACACCGCAGUUCAAAUUCGGCGGGAAGGUUGGCAGUGUGGUGUCCUCUGUUGUCUUUGAAAAGAUAUAGAUUAAGAUAAUAAAUUCUUGUUUUGUAA